AUGAGGACGGGUAGUGUGCAGCUUGGGCGUCUUUUUUCGCCAUCUCUUAUCGGGAGAAAUCGUUACUGUACGCCGCAUCUGCAGCAGGCAAAUUAUCUCCUGCCUUUUGUUGCGGGGGCCUGUUGUAGCGUGGAGGAUGCGAGACGGUUGUUUGCUCGUUGCUGUGGUUGCUAUCAUCACUAUCGUGCGGAGGGAGAGGACGAGAGUCACGGUGGUGACAACUCCACCGACACGGAGUCCGUGAUGGAGGAAAGUGUGAUGUCCUUGCAGCGCCUUGGCUUGAUCUCGCACACACACGAAGAACAGGCUGUCAGGGGAGAGUUGCAAGUUCGAAGGAUUUAUCGUGAGCCCAUUAUCACGAUCAAUUUGCAUUCCAUCAAUGUGACCUCUUUACAGAGAGGUGAGAAGGAGACGGAGGCGCUCUUUCAGAUGUUGCACGGUGUUAUCAUUCCUCUGAUGUUCUCUCGUCUUGCGUCGUCCUCAGCCACUUCUCCAACAAAUUGCAGUCCGCAUUUCGAGGAAGAAGUUUCAGCGCAGUUGUGCUUUUCUUUGCUGCAACAGUCAAGAGGAACCUGCUCAAAAGUGAACGACACGACGUGCCGAUUUAUGGUGGAUUUGGUGAAUGAGGCUCUGCUUCUUGGGGUUCGUGAGCGGGUACUGUUCCCAUGUGGGGGUGGUCUUUUCCGCUUGCAUCGCGAAAUGACGCAGCGGGUUUCACCGUGUUUGUUGACGUUUCAGUGGUGGUGGUGGCGGCGAGUAGAUUCAUUUUUGCGACAUGUUGUAGCAAGCCGUGCGGCAGGCAAGGAUGUGGCGUCUGAAGCCAUGAUUGACGCGGCGCAGGAGCGUGUUCGUUAUUGGAUUAAAAGGCGAGAUGAAUAUCUCCCACAUUUUUUUUUACACGCAUCCAUGGACGAUACCAUGGCGUUGGUGGCGGAUGCUGUGCGCUGUUGGGGUGUGCCUCAAUCUCCCGUGCAAGGGCAAAAGGCAUUUUCUGUGCCCAAGUGGAGGCUGCAGUUGUCCGAUGAGGCCAAGGCAUCACUGGCGUUGGAGACGUUGAAUUCCAUCAGGUCUUGUCUCGUUCGGCGUCCUGCAGGCAUCUCUGUAGAUGAGCUAUCGACACUUAUUGCCUGGUCUACAAUAUCGAGCCUUCUUCAAAAGAAAAGCAUCUUGAAGACAUUGAAUUCGUUUCCUUCUAACUUUGUUGUAAAGACGGUCCAAGGGGUCACGGUGGCGCAGCUCCAGCUUUGUUUGGGUGAGACCAAUACUAUUAACGCCACGGAGGCAAGAACGUGGGUAUUGGGCAGAAGAAAUGAGUCCUCUGAUACCACUGUAUCGUUUCUUCAAGAAGUCGAUUUUGUCAUACGAUCCGUGUUGUUUCUGCGGAAGCGGCACCUGCUUGAGAAGAGAGUGACAUUUGAAGAUUUGCGUGCGGUUCUUCUGCCUGAAAAGGACAUGGAGUUUACAGACGCUUUUUUAGAAGUUCUGCGCCGUUAUGAUGUUGUGACCGGCUUAGAAGCAGAGAAGCCUGUCUCGUGGCUUUCUCUGCAGCAGGAGAGGGUUUUUCUGUCUUCACGAGAAUCCGUCGCGCUGAAGGCGAUUGAGGCCUCUAGGAAGAGAAAAGGAAGCAAAUAUCAGCUCUAUGCGGAGGCAAUUAGUCCUUUCCUUUCCCGGUGUAGUGAAGAGGCUACCGCAGCCGGAAUUUCUGACGCGUCUAUGCCCAUUGCUCUCUUGGAACGUUGGUUACAGUCCGAUCGGCUCUUGUUAAAUCGAGCAGAUCUUUUUAAAAUGCUGCGUGAAUGUUCUUUGCCAUUUGUCAUGGAUGAGAAGGCGCAGUCCAUUUAUCUCGGACAUGGGAAAAUGGCAGAUUUGUCUCAAUGUGCUGUGCCACCGUCUCCAGUAGAUCCGAUGCCCUCAACGUUACCUCCACCCCCACCGCCGCUGCCGACGCCCGUAACUCCAUUACAGAAAUUAACGUUUGAUUCGCAGCUUUCCCGUGCAUUAAAAGGACAGCAUCCAGACGCUCUGUUCCGUUUUGCUGAGGCUACAAUACAUGCGGUGUUUGGGCUUAUUUUGCCUCUUGUUUCUGUUCCUUCUGGAAUGCGGCUUCAGAACCUUAUUCGCCGUGUGCGCUGGGGAUCUGUGGCAGCAACGCUUGGCGUCCUCCCAUCGUUUUUAGAGGCAUUUGAUGGCCUUUUUUUUGAUGUGUUUGUUGAUACCAGCGGGCAGAUGGAGGAUAUGGUGGUGACAGCGUAUCGUGGCCAUGUAGGGGCUUGGCUUCUUUAUGCCCGUCUGAUAUCACGCCUAUUCCCAACUGACGUGAACAUCCCGCUACGACUUGUUGCCGAGGGUCUAUCGUGGGGUGUGUGGUUUGCCCCCCGGUUUGGUGAUCUUCCCACGCUUCUACGGCGUGUGGGACGCUCUUGUCGAGAAGGAUAUCUUCUGGCAAAGAAUGAGUGUACUGUUGUCCCAUCCGCGGAGGACGAUGCGGCGCUGUGGGAAAUUUUAGAAAAUGUGAGACGAGAAGAGAAGGAUGAGCAAAAACCGCAUAAAGUCUUGACGGAGAUUCGGCCGUACUUAUUAGUCAAGCCGACAUGUCUCAUUCGAUACAUGCGUGGGAAUAAGGAAACUGACAGCAGUGGCGAUGACAUGUGGAUGCAAUAUGCAGAAACCGCCAUUCGACGUUUUCCGUUGUUUUUUCAGUGGAAUACUGCUUUGCAGGGUGCGACACCACUUCUGCGUAUUGCGUUGAAAUGCGCCCCCGCACCUGAUGGACUUGCCGCUUUAGUGGAAGAAUACGUUUGCCCCCUUCUGCGACAGCGCCCUCAGGAUGGUACCAGCAUUGCGGAGUUGGAUGAUCGACUUGGGUGGUCCCGCGGCAACUUUGAUACGCAUCCCGCGAGUUCACGUGCUCUUGGCGUUGUUGCCAGUGGAACUUCGCUGUAUGGUAUUUUGCAACGGUACGUGGAGGCCGUAGAUCCGCCGCGGAUUUUGCUACAGCGGGGAUCAACACGGGCAACGGAGCAUGAGAGUGUGAUGGUGCGUCCCAAUACUUGUAUUUAUCGAAGCCCAGAGGACAUGUUACUGGAGGUAAAUGGCCUAGAAUACAUGACAAAUGAGAACGCGACGCUUCGUCCAUCGGGGAGACCCGUCUCUCUUUUUGAAUUGUUGGCGGAAGAGCAAGAACUGCAGGGAGGGGAAAAUGUCCCAAGCCUGCCCCGAACAGAACAGUGGCGCGUCUCGUUGCAGUGCAAUGGAGAAAAAGCCGCUGAGUGGGAAGUGGAGUUGGCAAAUGGCAGAGUUGACGUUCUGGUCUGGUGUGAGUCGUGA